AUGACUCCAGCUGCAAGAACAAGAUCAAAGACAAAAACAACAAGAGAGGCAAAAACAAAAACAACCCAUUUCAAGAAGAAGCUUGUCCGGCCAAAGACUACUACUCAUCAAGAAUUUGCAUCUCCGAAGACUUCGCCUUCGAAUUCAUCCUCCGUGGUCUGCAACGAUGCUCCGAAGAUUGAAGGCGGCAUAGAUGAGUUCGAGGCUGUUGACGAUGUGUCUACGGCAAGCGCCUGCUCCACUCCGAAAGCUCAGAGAUUCCGGAUACCGGAGAUUGUAACCUGUCCACCGGCGCCUAAGAAGAAAAGAGCUAUUUCAUCAAAUUGCUUGUUUCGGAGAUCUCCAAUCGCCUUCUUUGCUCCGCCGGACUUGGAGCUCUUCUUCUGCUUUGCAAAUGGCGGUAUUUCAGUUUAA